AUGGCGGAGAGAUUCCCUCCCAGGCCAAUAGAAGGCAAGGGAACACUGGGGCUGCUGAUGCCCACCUGGAUCCUACGUAACGGCUGGCCUUCUCAGGUUCCCCCUGGUCUGGUCCUGGCUGGGAAGCCCUCUCCAGAGGCUGGGCUCUGUUCUAUAAGGUCAAGGAAGGGAGUGGGGAGCAGGAGAGUGCUUUUUGGACUGGGGAAUGACACAGGCUCCCCAGGCUCCAGCCUGUGGGGUAAGAAAGUGGUGUUCAUGGGCCGUCACUGUGUGUGGCAGCUGGAUAAGGGGUGCGUAGUGCCCCCCCUGGAAGAACUCAGUGUGUGUGUGCACCUGCACCGGGAGAUUGCAACAGCUGAGUGGACAGGCUUCGUGUACAAGGCGCCUGGCAAGAGACAGGUAGAGCUGGGGCUGGCAGGCCGAGGAGGGUUCCUGGUGGCAUGGCUGUUUGGGCAUCAGUGGUCCGUACCAGAGGACCUGCCUCUGAAAUGCUGGCACAACAUCUGCCUCACCUGGUCCAUCCACUCCGAGAGGCUCCAGCUCUACAUCAAUGGGAGCAGUCGCCUGGAUGCCCAUGUUAACGCCACCCUGCCCCGGCGACUGGCCCACAAUGGCACCCUGACCCUGGGGGUGUCCCAUAACAUAGUGGGUGGGGUGAUGGAGUUUGAGAAUGGGAAGAACUUCCUGGGGGCCAUCAGCCUGUUCAGGAUGUGGGGGCAUGAGCAGACGGCUGAGGAGCUGAGGGCCCAUAGCUGUGUUGAUGGGAACGUGGUGAGAUGGGACACCAACGACUGGGAUUACCAGAUUUGCCUACCUGAAGAUGACACUAACCUCCAGUGUGGGUCUUUCCCCAAUGUGACAGCCUCUCCUCCCGCUGUCACCAACACCACUCCUGGUUCACCAACCAGCACCAAUAUAUCAGACGCUGUAACCCCUACAGAGACACAGCAACCAUCCCUUGGACUGCCUGUAGGUCCCAUUGGCCUGUCUACAACCAAAGAACCUUCAGACCUCAACUCCACAGGAACAGGCAUUGCAUCCACCUUCUACAGAGUUCAUAUAAAACUGAACAUGACAACUACUGUAACUGGCAACGACCCAAGGAAGACCAUUCAGAAGUGGACUGCUGUGCUGAGACAUCAGAAAAGUGAGUUGGAUGGAGUGACUGAGAAGGCCAAAUGGGGUGAACCAAACCUGAAGGCAUGCAAGCCGGUGAUCACCAUCUCUGAUCUGGACAAUGUCACCGUCACAGCAAACAACUCAGCAGACGUGGUGGACAUGAUUGAGGACCUCCUGGGUGUCGAGGGGGACCUGAGUGACUCCCAGCUGGCCACCGUGGUCCAGAAGCUGGAUGAGGUUCUGGGGGUCAGUACAGUGACCCCUGCCCUUGGCGAGGACAUUGUCAGCAUAAUCGCUGACAUCCUGGGGUCCAGUUCUGACCUAUCAGCGGUCGCCAACAACAUACUGGGUAUCACAGGCAGCGUAGGGGACCAGAUGGAUUUCCCUGAGGAGUCACAAAAUGUGACCGUCCCCUCCCUGGCUCUCUCCAUGAUCAAUGUAGAUCCAGGCCAGUUCCAGGGCCUCACGUUUGGUGUGUCCUCCUUUUCAACUGGCCUUGCUCCAGAGAUCUUUGUCAACCAGACAUUCAUGAGUCAGCCUUCCGACGGCAGAGUGGUGUCCAUCUCUCUACCCCAUGCCCUUCAGAACUUCUUCCCCGAGGAAAACAAAAAAAAGAGAGUUCAGUUCCACUUCUAUGGCAUACAGGAGCUCUUCAGGGUGAUGCCAUCUACAACAUAUGAGGACCCAAAGACCAACUGGACGCUGAAUAGUUACGUGGUGUCUGCCAGUGUCAACAACAGCAAUGUCAGCAACCUAAGGAAUCCCGUGGUGGUGACACUUAGUCACCUCAAGCCCAAAGAGAAAAACGACAAGGUGGCGUGUGUGUAUUGGGACUUCCAGAAGAACAAUGGGAGUGGUGGGUGGGACAGCAACGGCUGUGAGACACUACCAAGCAUCACCGCUUAUCAGACCACCUGCCACUGUUACCACCUGACCCAUUUUGGCGUGCUCCUGGAUGUGUCAAGGACUCCUAUCAGUGAGGCUGACCAGCAGACACUGAUGGUCAUCUCCUACCUGGGCUGUGGUGUGUCCUCCAUCUUCCUGGGCAUCAGCCUGCUCACCUACAUGGUCUUUGAGAAGCUGCGUCGAGACUAUCCGUCUAAGAUCCUCAUCAACCUCACUGUGGCUCUGCUGGGCCUCAACCUGGUUUUCCUGCUGGACUCCUGGCUGUCCUCCUUCGGCUGCUACGGCCUCUGCAUCACCACGGCAGCCACGCUGCACUACUUCCUGUUAGCCUCAUUCACCUGGAUGGGCCUGGAGGCCGUCCACAUGUACUUCGCUCUGGUCAAGGUCUUCAACGUUUACAUCCCCUCCUACAUCCUCAAGUUCUGCGCCCUCGGCUGGGGCAUUCCUCUGGUGAUAGUCAGCCUGGUCCUGGCCAUAGAGAAGGAUGCCUAUGGCAGUGUUCUAUCUGAGGCCUCCCAUGACUCUCUACAGGGCUCUGAGCCAUUCUGUUGGAUGCAGAGUAACGUUUUCUUCUACAUCACCGUCAUGGCGUUCGUGCUACUGGUCCUGGUCUUUAACAUGGUCGUGUUCAUCGUGGUUCUGGUCCAGAUCCGACACAUGCAGACCAAUAAGCCUACAGCUACAGUAAACAAGCGCAGUGCCAUGUAUGAUCUGAGGGCGGUGGCCAGUUUCACCUUCCUAUUGGGUCUCACCUGGCCAAUAGCCUUCUUUACCUGGGGACCGGCCAGGGUACCUAUGCUCUACCUCUUCUCAGUCCUCAACAGUCUGCAAGGGUUCUUUAUCUUUGUGUUCCACUGCUUGAUGAAAGAGAAUGUGAGGAAGCAGUGGAUCCAUCUGUGCUGUGGCCGAUUCAGGCUCAAUGACUACUCAGAUUGGAGCCGCUCCGUGACAGUCGGCGGCAAGACCAAGCAAAACCAGCUGGUGCACCGCUCUCCGUCUGUCAAGUCUGACAACACCUCCUCUAGGAAGAUCUCUGAUGACUCCACUACAGCUAGCUGUAGCUCUGCCCCACCCUACCACCAGGGGGCCUAGUCGAAUGUAGCUCCACCAGGGGGCCUAGUCUAGUUCCACAAGGGGUGUUAACUUGGCUCCACCAGGGGGCCUAGCCGGGCUCACAACACAGGGACACUGAACUUUACAGAGUCCACAAAUGUGCCAUAACACCCCUCACUUGGAACAAUAGGAAACACUUGAGCUCAGGACACCUAAGUUCAGUCCAUUCUGAAUUAUACUGUGAAAAGUCGAGAUACUCUUCUGAUUCUAUCUAAAUGACUAGUAUUCUUCCCACUAACUGCCGUAUGUCUCUCUGCAGUGCAGUCUCGGGAGAUAUACGUUCAUACUCUAUGUACAAGUGUUAGCCUGUUCUGUGCUUUAAAGGCCAUAAGCUCUAUGAAUAAUGUGUAUUAUAAGAAAGGGUGGCAGGUAGCCUAGCGGUUA